CAUCUAAUCUUCACUCUUCACUUUGUUGUACCGACGCCACAUCUCCUCCAUCCUCUAUCUCUGAUAUAACCAUGGCUGCUUUCAGCAUCUUCAAGCUUUCACUUCUCUUGAGCCUCCUAUCGAAUUCGCACCACCUGGGUCUCUGGUCUGGUGCUAGUAAUCGUGAAAGCGUAGGGAUAUCUCCACCAUCGUGUAGCCGCAUCGAGUGCCCCAGUUAUGACGUGGUUCAUGUUGGCAAUGGCUUUGAGAUUCGCCGCUAUAAUUCCACUGUCUGGAUGUCUACCUCGCCCAUCCAAGAUAUUUCCCUGGUCGAAGCUACCAGAACUGGCUUCUUGCAGCUGUUUGACUACAUCCAAGGAAAGAACGAUUAUGAACAGAAGAUAGAGAUGACAGCCCCAGUGAUAACCGAAGUUUCACCAAGCGAUGGACCUUUAUGCGAAUCAUCAUUUGUCAUCAGCUUUUCUGUACCAAAACUUAACCAAGCAAACCCACCUCCAGCAAAAGGACUCCAUCUCCAGAGAUGGGAACCAGUGUAUGCAGCAGUGAGACAAUUCAGUGGAUUUGUGGCCGACUCGGAUGUCGGAGAGGAAGCCGCCGCCUUGCAAGCAAGCCUUGCCGGCACUGUUUGGUCUGCUGCUAUUGAGAAAAGCCAUGGAGCUGAUCACUCAUCAGGCUACACUGUCGCGCAGUACAAUUCCCCAUUUGAAUUUGAUGAUAGGGUGAAUGAGAUAUGGAUGUUGUUUAACAUCCAAGACGAGCUUACAUUAAUGUAGGAUGAAUUUAUGAGAAGAUGAUCGAUGACUCAACUGUACUGAAAACAUUAGUUAAAGAGUUAUAGUCUCAUGUAUGUAGAGAAGCUUAAUCUGCUGGGUUACUUCAAAUAUUGUACUGCUAAAUAUCUUAAUUUCUCUCUAAUAUGAAAUAAACAUAUAAUGAACUAAUGACCA